AUGAGUACUCGAAUUAUCCAUGACAAUGAAGAACUAUUUCCUGAACCAGAGAAAUUCAAGCCUGAGCGAUGGUUGGGCGAUAAGGGUAAAGAGCUUGAGCGCUGGAAUGUUACGUUUUCCAAAGGUCCACGUGCGUGCCUUGGGAUCAAUCUUGCUUACAUGGAGAUUUACAUAAUCCUCGCGACUUUCUUCGCAGAUUUCGAUCUAUCGCUUCACCAGACUGAUGCGAAGAGUAUGGAGUGGUUGGAUCACGCGGUGGCAAUCAAUAAGUCCCACGUUACUGUCCAUGCUAAACCAUUGCGGGAAUAG